AUGUGCGUCGCGAUUAAGACCGUUGCUGUCACGCAGACUACUGCCUCUCACUUUUACCGCACUACGAUUCUCGCACUCCGGCGCCAAGGUAACGGGUCCAUUGAGGGGGGUGAGGGUUCUGGAUCUCUCGAGAGUGGUCCGUUUUGCACGCAGAUACUAGCCGACUACGGUGCAGACGUCAUCAAGAUCGAGCAACGGUCAAUUGGUGACGACACAAGGUCCUGGCGGACCGAUGGCGAACAGAAGUUGUGGAAAGGAGCCAACAAGGAGCUUUCGGCAUAUUUUUCCACCAUUAAUCGCAACAAGCGCUCCGUCACGUUGGAUCUGAAGAGCGAAAAGGGCCAACAGGUUUUGCUCGAGCUCGUCAAGCGAGCCGAUGUUGUCAUUGACAAUUUCGUGCCGGGCAAGCUGGAUGAGCUGAACAUUGGCUACGAGCGCCUCCGGCAGGCCAAUCCCACUGUCAUUCAUGCCAGCAUAUCAGGAUAUGGACAAACGGGUCCGUAUGCUAAGCGCGCCGGCUACGACGUCAUUGCCGCUGCAGAAGGCGGGCUCUUGCACAUCACUGGCGAACCUUCGGGCCGGCCGAUGAAGCCCGGCGUGGGUCUGACGGACAUGUGCACCGGCCUCUACAUGCACGGUGCCAUCCUCGCCGCGCUGCGCUCCGGAGAGGUCACCGGCAAGGGCCAGCAGGUCGACACGUCCCUUUUCGAGACGCAAGUGUCGCUGCUCGCCAACGUGGCCAUGUCGUGGCUCAACUGCGGACAAGAGGCGCGCCGCUGGGGCACGGGACAUCCCAGCAUCGUGCCGUACGGCUGCUUUCGCACGGCCGACUCGUGGUUCGUCGUCGGGGCCGUCAACGAUCGCCAGUUCCGGAAGCUCUGCGGAUUGCUAGGUAGAGCUGAUUUAGGUGAGGAUGAGAGGUAUCUGACGAACGAUGCCAGGGUUCGCAACCGCCAUGAGCUGAAUCGACUGCUGGACGAACUUUUUGCGGAAAAGUCAACGAGCGAGUGGCUAGCCGCGUUUGAGGGAAGCGGCAUGCCGUACGGACCCAUCAACACCAUGGAAAAGGUGUUUGAGCAUCCACAGACCUUGGCGCGGGAUAUGGUGGAGACGGUCAGCGAUGAGUCGACCGUCUCUGGAGAGGUUAAAGUCCUCGGCAUCCCGGUCAAGUUCAGUCAGGACAAGCCGUCCGUUCGAUCCCGGGCACCCCGACUCGGUGAGCACACGGAUGAUGUGCUGUGGGAAAUUGGGUUUGACGCCGAUGGUAUUGCACAGCUGAGGCGUGAGCAGGUCGUAUAG